CUAUCAUAUGGGUGGAACUUCAGGUUUUGCUACUCACGCGGUCCUUUCGAAACAUUCAGUCAUACAAGUCGAUCCAAGUAUGCCACCCCAGUGUGCAGCGUUACUCGGUUGUGGUGUUAUUACUGGUGUAGGUGCAGUAACAAACUCUGCAAAAGUUGCCUUUGGAUCGAGUGUUGCCAUAGUAGGUUUAGGUGGUGUAGGAUUGUGCGGCCUGUUGGGAGCAAAGGCUUGCGGUGCCAGUUUGAUUCUUGCAAUAGAUUUGGAAGAACGAAAACUGGCGAAAGCGAAGGAAUUUGGUGCGACGCAUACCUAUCUAGUCCAAAAGAAUGAUUCUCUAUCGAAAACGGUGGAGAAUAUUCGCCAAAUGAUUGGCCCAUUUGCCGGAGCAGUAGAUUAUGCAAUAGAAAUGGCUGGUAAUGGACCCGCCCUACAAAUUGCCUACGGGAUUACUAAGCCGGGUGGAACGACUGUUACCAUUGGCUUGCCUGACCCAGAAGUUGACUUGAGUAUACAGCAAGUUUCAAUAACAGCAGAAGAACGCACUCUCAUUGGUUCCUAUUUGGGAAGUGGUGUUGCUAUUCGAGACCUCCCUAGAUAUGUAGAACUUUAUAAGAAAGGUGCUCUGCCACUGGAGAAGUUAAUCUCCGGAACAAUCCAACUUAGUCAGAUAAACGAAGGAUUCGAUAUGUUGGAAAGAGGUGAAGUUAUCCGGUUAAUGGUUAAUUUGAAGGACGAGAAGUGACCAUUUGUCCAAUGCAAGAACAAGUGAUAUAGAGUGUAAAAAAACUUUUUACCUUGUUCUUAAGUAUAAAAUAUGUUCCUAGAGUCAAACUUUAUACUGGUAAAGGGUCAAGAGAAAUUUCAAGCAUCGAGAAGUAUGGAAAAAAGGCAAACUACUUUUCCUCAACUAUCGGUCAUGUUACAAUGGCAGGGCUAUGUAGUAAAUGAAGCCAUGACACA